AGCGCGGCUUGAGGCGGCGGAGCGGGAGCGGGAAGGGCCGCGGGGUCUGGCCGCCUUCUCUGCCCUCCCUUCCAUCGGCGGCCCCGGCAGGAAAACUGCUGUGUUCUGGAUGAUGGUGGUGCCUGGAAAUGCCCCGGUUAUCCAACAGGAUCGUGUUCUGGAGCCUGAUUUAGGACGAGACUCCACAGAGAACUCUGCCAUGGGCCCUGAGACAGAGCCAGCAGCUGGGGAGGUCACCCCAGAGCUGGACGAGGUGCGAAAGCUACGUGAGCUUGUGAGGAGGUUGGAGAUAGAGAACCAGCACCCAAGAACCAAGGGUGGCAGGAACGUGCACGGGACAAACGUGCAGGGGGAGAUCCAUACUGGUGUGGAUAACCAUGAUACUGGUCUCAAUGGGAUGGAAAUUAAUAACAGCAUCAUUGCCAUCACAGAGAACAGAGAGCUGCAAAUCAUGGCAGAUCUGCACAGCCAUUUGAGCAAGAUGAGGAAGGAGGAUGGAGAGAACAACUGCCUAAAGAGAGACAUGGAUGCCCCAAUCCAACACACUGGUGCCACCCAGGAAUUGUCUCCUACCCUGUUCAAGGCCGAUGAGAACAUCAGAUGUUCCUCAUGUGUGGAUACAAGUAACAGCCCAGAGCUGCGGGGCAGCUUGGGCACUGCAGGUGUGAAUCCCUUGGCUCGGAUAACUGAACAAAAUCCCAGUGAGAAAUGUGGAGAUGGGGAAGGGCUUUCCAGUCGUGCAGAGCUUGAUGAGGUGAAGGUGCUAGAACUUGAGAGCUGCCAUGAAGAAGAAGACAGCUGGCUCUACGUGUCCCCAAGAAAACCUGUCGUAGAUCCCAAACCAGACUCACCUUUAAAAUGGUGCCGACAGGUGCUGGAUAAUCCUAGUCCUGAGACAGAAGCAGCCUGUAGGACCCUUCUGAACAGACUGGAUCAAGCCAGUAGAUGGAAAAACCUGUAUUGCAGCCCGCUGGCCUCUCCAAGCACACAUAACUUGAGUACAGAGCCAGGCUCCUCUAGCAAUGCACUAAACUCUCCAGGCCAUCUCAAAUCGACUAACAAAGCACUACUAACCUGUGGCAGCUCAGGUUACCUGAGCAUGCAUUCAGCACUGAGCUCCCAGUCAUCAGUGGACAGCGAGCUGAGCACAUCUGAUGACUCCAUCUCCAUGGGAUACAAGCUGCAGGACCUGACAGAUGUCCAAGUUAUGGCACGCCUUCAGGAAGAAAGCCUGCGCCAGGAUUGUGCCUCCAGCUCCGCAUCGGUCUCGCGGCGCAGCUCCAGUGCCUCCCUCCACUCCCUACGCAGAGGCACCUACAGUGACCAGGAGUUUGACACCUACAGCCUGGAGGAUGAGGAUGACUACGACUGCUCCCUGUCCUACCGCAGCGCCCACCGCUACUCGCCGUCCCCGCUCAGCUCUCCCCGCUGCCAGUCCCCUUCCUCCACCACAGACUACGGCAGGUCGUCCUCAUCCCGCAUCCGACCCCCCAGGAGAUCCCUCCAGAGCCCUAUGCAGGAUCGCCUCAAGUACGCAAACAGCGAAGAGGAGAUGCGCCACAGCAUGCCCAACCUGGCCAGGACCAGCCUUCGAGCCUUGGAGUCUGUCCGGAACAGCCGGAGCUUGGAGUCUGACCUGCAGGUGCCCAACAGCCGAAUUCCAAGAACCCAGCAGCGGUCAGCAGGUCUGGCUCCCAGUAAGCUCAGGUACUCCUCCAGUGCUGGGCAGCCUCCGCUGACGGUGCGCCAAGCCAUGAAGGCAGGGUCGUGCCCAAACUCUCUGCUGACACCACGGCAACCAGUGAAGGCCUGCAGCUACACCAGUCCUGCCACUGGAGUUCGCAAAGCACAGGCAGCUUCCCUCAGCACCAGCUCUUCCAGGAGCACCACCGUGGGCACUGGGGCAAAAAACACCCCUGUGAAAGCACGCACGUCUGUGGGAGGAGUGGCAGUGCCCAGGAGCAAGCCCACACCACCUUCCAGGAGGUUUCUCCAGUCAGCUCAGCCCACUGAGGACGACUCCUGGAAGGAGGGGUGCUACUGACACCCCAACCCACCGAUGUGCUGCCAAACCCCGCCCUGAAGCAGGACCCAGCUGGCUGGGCAUAAGAACAUUAGCUGAGACUGAAACUCAAGACUCCAUCACACCGCAGACCAAUGUACAUAGUCCCUCUCCUCUUGACCACCACCUGUCCUCACCUUCUGCUCAUCUGCCAAGAGCCCGACUUCACCAUGGUGGAACAGCCGAUGGUGCUUCCACCCUCAGAACCUUACUGAGAUACAGGUCUUCACAUGGAGACUGGAAAUAGCCUUACUCCACACAAACCUCUGCUUGCAGCCCUUCACAAGGUUGGUCCCAAACCACACUGGGAAGGCUGCAGGGUCUUCUCCUUGUGCCAGGUCCCAAAACCACACUGAGAAGGCUGCAGGGUCUUCUCCUUGUGCCAGGUCCCAAAACCACACUGAGAAGGCUGCAGGCUGUCCUCUUUGUGCCAGGUCCCAAGGCUGCAGGUUCUCCUCCUUAUGCCAGGUCUCAAACCAUGCCUAGAUGGCUGCAGGUUGUCAAAUCUGCAGAUCCUCCUCCUUGUGCCUGGUCCCAAAACACUGAGAAAGCUGCACGUUGUGAAGGCUGCAGAUUUUUGUCCUUGUGCCUGGUCCCAAAACUGUGCUGAGAAGGCUUGCAGGUUCUCCUCCUUGUGCCAGGUCCCAAAACACACCGAGAAAGCUGCAGGUUCUCCUCCUUAUGCCAGGUCCCAAAACACACCGAGAAAGCUGCAGGGUCUCCUCCUUGUGCCAGGUCCCAAAACACACCAAGAAAGCUGCAGGUUCUCCUCCUUGUGCCAGGUCCCAAAACACACCAAGAAAGCUGCAGGUUCUCCUUUUUGUGCCUGGAAGCAGCAUGGUGCCAUAGCCACAUCAUGUGGCACAUCUGCAGCCUGAGGAGACCAGAGCUAGGGCUAGAGAUGGUAGAAGAUGACUUUUUACUCUGAUCUUUGUCCAAAACUUGACCAGUUUGGGUUUGUUUUUUUUUUUUACUGCUGUACAGAAUCUCCUUCCUGCCACUUUUUCUUGUCAGUCCUAGGAGCUGGAUUUUCUCUCUGUGGUGCCCCAGAAGCUGUGGUGUAGGAAGGAGCAGUACACAAUAUUUGUGUGGGUCUGGGGGUGGCCAGGGUAGGGGUGGGGCAUAGUGGAAAAGCUGCUCUUUGGUAGCAUCUUCAUCCUUCAGGUGAGAAACUUCACCACCACUUCAAGGCAACCUUUUAAGUCUUUUCCUUCCCCUGACUCCCUUCCACCUCUUCCAGCCCUCAACUGCCACCCCUGGGGUUUUUUUUUCUUUUUAGAAGACUUUUCCACUCUCUUGGGCUCUGAAAGCUUCCAGCAACCUUCUCCUCAAGCAGUGCUGGAUGCUCUGAGCUCAGGAGGGCACUGAUGCACUGACAGUGAUGUCCUCCCUGCCACCCAUGUGAUUUUGAUAGUGUAGAUUAAUAAAACGUUAUGGUGCUGAA